AAUUUAAGAAACAAAAUCACUUGUCGAUCAGUGAGUUUAACCCGAUGAAGGGCAACAACCUUACCUCAAGCCUUCUCCCAAAAAUAUCUAAUCUGUGGUGCAAUUAUCGAGAGAACAAAAAAAUAUAUUUUAUACUGAUAUAAGUUUGGGUGUCUUAAGUUUUCCAUUUUUCCAUUCUUUCUCUCUCUUUCUCUCCGCCUCCUCUUUCCCCUUUCUCUCUCUUCUUCACAGCUUCGAAAAAACUCAGAAACUCGCUCACUUCUUUCGAUCCGUCGACGCCUUGUUUAUGAGCUCGAAGGAGAGACCCACUCUAGGUGGUACGCGGAUCAAGACCCGCAAACGGAAUAUCGCAGCUCCUCUGGACCCUGCAGCAUUUUCAGAUGCAGUGGUCCAGAUAUAUUUGGAUAAUGCUGGUGAUCUGGAACUUAUCGCAAAGAGCAUUGAAUCUUCAGAACUCGACUUUUCAAGAUACGGGGAUACUUUCUUUGAGGUUGUCUUUACCGGGGGCCGCACACAGCCUGGAACAACCAAACCUGAUGAGGGGGAGCGCCACACUUACUCUGUAAUUCAUUGUGAGCCCACACGUGAAGAUAUUUUGCCAUCUGUAUUCUUUAUACAGAAGAUUUUGCGCCGAAGGCCGUUCCUUAUCAAGUACCUUGAAAAUGUCAUGCGAAGAUUCUUACAGUCUUUGGAGCUUUUUGAAGACAAUGAAAGGAAAAAAUUGGCAAUAUUCACUGCUCUUGCAUUCUCCCAGAAGCUGUCAGGUUUGCCACCAGAAACAGUGUUCCAACCCCUCCUCAAGGACAAUCUCGUGGCAAAGGGGCUAGUUCUUACAUUUUUAACAGAAUUUUUUAAGGAGUUUCUUGUGGAAAACACUCUAGAUGACUUGAUUGCACUCCUGAAGCGUGGUAAAGUUGAAGAUAAACUUCUGGACUUUUUCCCAUCUUCUAAGAGAUCUCCUGAGGCCUUUUCUGAACACUUCACAAAGGAAGGCCUCGUUCCAUUGGUCCAGUACAAUGAGAAAAAAUUAUUUGAGCUGAAGCUGGCAGAAAUGAAGUCUGCAUUAACGACUCAGAUAUCAGAGGAAGCUGAUGUAGAAGAAGUGAUUGAAACUGUGAAACAUCACGUGAAAGAGUCUAAGCUCCCUGAUAUUGAGAUUGUGCGCCUCCUAUGGGAUGUUAUAAUGGAUGCUGUGCAGUGGUCUGGGAAAAAUCAACAGCAGAAUGCUAAUACUGCAUUGCGCCAGGUUAAAACCUGGGCAAAGCUCUUAAAUUCCUACUGUACCAGUGGAAAGCUUGAAUUAGAACUCAUAUACAAAGUUCAGAUCCAAUGCUAUGAGGAUGCUAAAUUGAUGAAAUUGUUCCCAGAAAUAGUCAGAUCUUUGUAUGACCAGGAUGUGCUUGCAGAAGACACCAUCUUGCACUGGUUCCGCAAAGGAACAAAUCCCAAGGGAAGGCAAACUUUCGUGAAGUCACUUGAGCCCUUUGUGAAAUGGCUGGAAGAGGCAGAGGAGGAAGAAUGAACUCAGCAUUAUUGUAGGAGUUCCCCUACCUGUCCUUCAAGUUCUCUUUGUCCUUUAACGCUUUGUGCUCCCUUGCUAGGACCAUGAAAAUAUUUGAUGUGUUUUUGAAUUUCUGAUGACACGAUUUGAGUAUUUGCAAUAAUCUUUUGUUUCCUAUCUACCAUGAGUUUGUUAUACCCCAUUGAUGAUUUGAUCGGUUUUGUAUCAUGAAAUGGUUUAAAGCUGUCAUUGCAGCAAAUUAUGAAGUUAUUUUACGUUUUUGUUAA